CUCAAACACUGCAUUCCGAUUGACGUUUUCGGUAUGUUAUGAUCGCUUCCCAAUGACCCCUCAUCUGGAAGGGGCGUUAUUCACAUGGCUCCGCAAGGCAGCACACGACCCGUCGCUUUUACAGUACAGCUAAUGAAUUGUCUCAGGUGCUAUAUUUAACGUUCCUCCUAUAUUAGGGGGGACGGGCUCGCACAGUCGCGGCGUGUGUCUGUGGAGAGAACGGUCUGCUCCGGAGACUGUCAGCUGUUGGACUCGCGGCAACGCCACGAUGAAGCCCAUCGAAGGGAACAACGUAGAGGAUGGGGAGGUGACUGAGAGGACAGAAAGAAAAGCCUGGUUCCGGGAAAAGACGAUCAGUAUCAACAGGGUCAAGGUCGUCAUCUUCGAGGCACCGUUUGAUGCCAAGAAGGAAGACGAGGUGGACAACACGGGAAUGCGAGUAUGGCCGGCCGCGCAGGUGCUGGCCCUGUACGUCCUGAACCACCCGGAGACGACGCGGAAGUGUGAGGGGAUCCUGGAGCUGGGUGCCGGGGCGGGCGUGACCGGCCUGCUGGUGGCCAAGUCCUGCGGGCGCCCGGCCGGUGUCGUCAUCACUGACGGGGAACAUCACGUCCUGGACCUCACCCGCAGGAACAUAGAGGCAAACUUCAAAGAGGACGGCCGCCCGACGUGUGAAUACCUGAGAUGGGGGGAGAACGUGGACGAGUUCAAGGACAGGUUCGGGACCUUUGACCUCAUCAUGGCGACGGACGUUCUGUACUGCCCCGAGGCGCUGGAACCUUUCUUCAUGACCGCCAAGCAGCUGUUGUCUUCCAAGCCUUCGGCCCAGCUGUUAGUCUCUCACACGAACCGAAGCUACGUCCCCCACUACAAGGUGCGGAAGGCGGGGUCCACCUGCGGGUUCAAGGUGACGGACAUCCCGCUGCAGUCCAUCCCGGGCUGCGCUGAGAUGAGCCGAGCCACCGCCGCGGACCCCAGACACCCCAUGCUGCAGAGGAUGCAAGUCUUCAGAUUCACGCUGAAGGCGUCGGUCAUUAAGGGCGACCCGUCUCCGUAAAUAACGUUUCGCUAGCAGCUAGCCUAG